UUUUCCGCAGAAGCCAACAGAAUAACGCCACUUACUCUUGCUCGCGGCAGAGGAACUGCCUGAUCGACAGGACCAACCGAAAUCGGUGUCAGCACUGCCGACUGCAGAAGUGCCUGGCCCUGGGCAUGUCCCGUGACGCAGUAAAAUUCGGCCGCAUGUCGAAGAAGCAGCGGGACAGCCUCUAUGCCGAGGUCCAGAAACACCAACAAAGCCAAGAACAAAGCGUGGGAGCCAAGGACGACCCAGAGACCAUGUCAAGGGUCUACACCACCAGCGUGAGCAGCGGACUCUCUGACCUGGAUGACAUCUCCAUGUUGUCGGACAGCUUCCUCUUUGAUUUUCCCCUGAGCCCUGACGGGAACAGCAGCUACUACAACCUGGAUCUCCUAACCUCAGCGCAGCCAUCGCCCGACCAGUCCAGUAUCGACGUCAGUGACACCAAGUUCAUUAAGCAGGAGUCCAUCUACGAGCUCAUGCUGGAACCUAGCCUCUUUCCUCAUGGUCCCCUUGAAAGCAACACGUUGACUUCAGACAUUUCAGCGAUGGAAAUGGAGCGCCUAGCCCAGAAUGUGGUGAAGUCGCACCUUGAGACAUUGCAGUACACCAGCGAGGAGCUGCAGCGGUUCGCUUGGGCACUCUACUCUCAGGAGGAGAUAAGGACCAUGCAGAACACAGUAAGUUGUGAUGACUUGAUCAACUCCAUCUUUGAGCUGGGGAAGAAUCUUUGCCGACUGCAGCUGUCUGAUGAAGAGGUAGCACUCUUCACUGCACUUGUCCUGUUCACACCAGAUCGGCCUUGGCUCUCUGAGUCCAAAAAGGUACAAAAACUCCAGGAUAAACUCUACAUGGCUCUCCAGCAUGAGAUUCAAAAGAAAAAUGCCAAUGAAGACAGACUUUCCAAGAUGGUUGCCAAGCUCCCCUUGAUGAAGACAAUCUGCAGCCUCCACUUAGAUAAGCUGGAGCUUUUUCGCCUUGUCCACCCGGAGACGGCCAAAAAUUUCCCUCCUCUCUACAAAGAAGUGUUCAAUUCGGAGCUCCAUUACAGCAACUCUCAGGAGAGCUAAAGCAGAAUUUGCAGAGCAAAACUUUUUGUGGCUUCUGGAAUGGAGAAAGCAGAAUUGACCCCGUGGUUUAUUUUAAAUCAAGGAUCAACCACAAGAUUGUGUGUCUCUGGCUUUCCUCCUCCUCCUCAACCUCUUGCAGUUGAUCUGCGGUGAUCUGCAGUCACUGUUGAAUGUAAUUGCACCUUUUUAAGGAUCCAGCGGACUUUGGGCAUACUGGUGAAAUGAAUGUGAAAUGCUAUUCGGUAGAGAAGAUCCUGCAUUAAGUAGUGUUAAGUAUUCCUAUCCUUUCCUCAAAAGCAUGUUUUUGCAGAACACAUUUCUCUGCCCUAGCAUGUGAAUACAUCCACCCAAACUCAUGAGACUUACAGCCAACUGAUGCCCAACCCAAGAAUGCCUCUUUAGGCCCUACCCGUGUGGAUAAAUAUGUAUAUUUUUGCUGGUUUCUGCUUUUUUCCUGGCAUGGUUCGAAUGAUAGGGACACUGGAUGUACAGAAGGAAAACCAGUUCUUAUGGACUUGUUCAACGUGAGGAUGGAAAUACGUGGGAAGAAAAACACAA